CAAAAAGGGCCUGUGUAUUUUGAUCUGAGAAAAGAAAGGGAUCAAAACCGUAUACUGCGCUAGUACUAUAUAUACGAAAAGAACAGAAACGAAGCUCUCUCCGUCUCGGUCUCAUAUCCGAUCCGACGACGAACCGAGCAACCAGUGCAUUGCAGAGGUAAUCGAUGGAGGCUGCUGGUGAUAUCAGUGCUCGCAAGGGAGUUACGGUUGGUGCUGUGUCCGCCCUUGUUUCCCAAUAUAACAAACUAUCAGUGUGUAACACCUCGGAGCAUCUCAUAAGUACUAGAAACUCUACGGGCAAGGAGGUGGACGAGGAAGCACAUCAACCGAGCUAUAAGGCUAAGAAGAAGAACAGAUAUCUGGCUGCCAAAAAGCCGGCCUAUCGUUCACCAAACAAGAAAAAGGCGGCCUAUCAAUUUCCCGUUAUGCCACUAUGGCCAUGGCCAGUUGCUGACGACAUGCCUGUUGAUGAAACCCCCUUUCCCGAAUGUCUCUACCUUUGGACUGAUGGUGAUGGUCGCAAGGUUGCAUUAUCUGAUGAGCCUUUUGACUUGGAAGAUUUUUAUGCUGGUCUAGAGAAGGCCGAUGCCAGGAUGAAGGAGUACCUGAUCUGGAGGGAGGAGGAGAGGGAGAAGGAGAAGGAGAAGGAGGAGGCUAAGUGCAGAAAGACGCGAGGAACGAGGCUAGGAAAAAGGCGGCCUAUCAUUCGCGGUCUGGCGAAGUGACCCUACCCUUGAAGACGUAGGAGGAGAUUGUGUAACUUUUAUGGAUCGACACAAGGCCUUGUCAAGGAGUUAGUCACUUCUAGCUAAGAUAUGUAAUCAUCAGGUGUUUUUACUCGUGCGUUUUGUAUUUCCUGAACGAUUUGUAAUGUUGACUUUAAGUGUAGCAUCUGAUGCCUCUAAUAUUUACUUAUGUUUGGCUUUUGGCAAGCAGACUUA